AUGGACGAAUCAAAUGGAGAUACCCAGCAGCUUUCACAACGGACCAAUCAAAUGGAGAUACCCAGCAGCUUUCACAACGGACCAAUCAGGUGUGAGCACUCAGCUGUUCGUAAGAAAACAGAAAUGUGUUGGACCAAUCAUGUCUACACACUCACCAGUUUGAGGAAGGAGCCAAUAGGAAGGAGACACUCAUUCCAUGAAGAUAGGAUCAAGGAGGAGAUGCUCAUCUUCAAUGGACCAAUCACGUUCAGCUACCCAGCAGCUUGGAGAAUGGACCAAUGGGAAGGUGCCAUUCGUUCCAAGUGGAUGGGGAUGGGAGAAGCAGCUGCAGGCGUGCCUCAACGCCAUUGGUUGCAUGCAGAGGAUAGAGAUAAAGUAGAGAGAGAAAGGGGAGAACGCCCAAGAGAUAAAGGAGGAGAAGAAGAAGAAGAAGAAGAAGAGGAAGAAGAAGAAGAAGAACAAGGUGGAGAAGAAGAAGAGAAGAUCCAGAGGCGGAUCGGGUUCGGGCUAGAGCGGGGUAGGCUAGGAACGGGGUCAGCCGGGUCGUCUAAAAUCUGUAACCUUCGGGGAAGGUUAUGCUGGCAGAUCUCUUUUGUGUGUAAGAUUGUGAUGGGUAACCUUCGGGGAAGGUUAUGCCGUCAGAUCUUGUUUGUGCAGCAUGGCUAUGCCGCUAAACCUCGAGUGCAUGCUAACAUGGUGGUGCGUAAGGCCCAUAUGUUGAGUAUGACUCCGAUGUGGAAAGAUCACGGACGGCUGAGCCGCCAGAUCUUUCGAGGUUCGUGUGGGUACUCUUCCGAGGCAAGGGAAGCUCUGCCGCAGAACCGAGGGUAUGAGGCAUAG